AUGGCUUUAUUCAACUUCCUCAUCCUGACCUCCCUGUGUAUUGCGGGCCGAGAGGCCCUCACCCAAUCUGACUGUGGAACGUACGCCAGACGACCAGAAUACUCUGAUAUCUCUGUGGUAUGUGGCACAUCUGCCAUUGAACUGGCCAUCCAAAUCUGCCCGGUUAUCUACACCGGGUACAACACGAGUUUACUGAUCCUCAACCACAUCUGGAACAAUGCGGCCUGUCAGGGGACGCUGGACACCUCUGUGACGCCUCCUGUGGCGAGAUUCAGCUUCCCCAUCAGAGAAGGAAACGCCUGUGGGAGUAACUUCUUGACCACGAGCGCACCAGGGACGGGAAUAUUCUCAGACUUCUCCAACAUCCAGACAGUCAACGUCAGCGGGGUGGUCAGAUCCUUCGACCCAACCAUCGGGACGAUCACCUACAACGCAGAACUCAAGUAUUACUAUUCGUGUGCCUAUCCUCUGGAGUACCUCAUUAACAACACCCAGGUGGAUGUGUCAUCCUCCUCCAUUGCUUUGAAGGACAACAAUGGGAGCUUCAUCAGUACCCUCAGCAUGUCCUUGUACAAGGAUAUAAAUUACACCGUGCCACUCAUCAUGCCCCGUCUCGGGGUCGAACUGCGAACAAACAUCUACGUGCAGGUGGUUGCAUCCAACCUGACAUCCCAGUACUUUGUUCUUCUUGACCGGUGCUACGCCUCGGUGGAUCAGCAUCCCUACAACUCCACCUUCUUCAAUCUGUUUGUCUCGUGCUCCAAAGAUCAUCUCACCACCAUGCUGGAGAACGGAGAUAGCCAAAAGGCCCGCUUCUACUUCCCGGCGUUCCGCUUCUCCGAGCAGCAGAAUGAGACCAUCUCCACCUACUAUCUGCACUGCAUCACCCGACUCUGCGAGCGCAGCACCUGCAGCACCUUCAAGCAAUGCAACAGGAAGAGGAGGAGUGCGGAGACCACGGUGAUCCAGGAGGGCGCCAUAGGGCCGUCUGUGCUCACAGUGCCCAUAAAGGCCCAGGCAGAGAACUCAGCCCUUCCCCCCAAUGAGCAGGCGCUGUCUGGUGGCCGGUCUGACGGCAAGGGCGCGUCUGUUGGCCUGGGAAUUGCCGUGGCUGUCCUCGCUGUGAUAGGGGUGGGAGCCAUUUUGAUGGCUGCAUCUUUCUAUCGAAAACUGAAGCGGCUAACCUAGCGGCAGCCCAUAAUGUUGAUGAACGGAUGUUGGCACAGGCUUAAAUGACAGAAUGAGUUUGACAGGGUGACAUUCACAUACUGGUGGAGGUGCACAGUGUAUGUAUGUAGGACGCUGCUGAAUCAAACUAUUGAUUGGAGCACUUACUGUUUCUUUGCAAUCCUUCACAGACUGUUAGAAGUUAUGAAAGGUGAAGUCUGAAUAAUGCACCUAUCAUGAUGCACUGCAUGCUAAGAAAGAAAGAAAGAAAGAAACAAAUUCAGUUCUCAUCUUAAAGGAAUAGUUCAACAUUUUGGGAAAUACACUUAUUCGCUUUCUCCUGAAGUUUACUGAGUGCACCUGGCAAAGAAAUAGUCUGACACAUAAUGCCACUUGGUUCACAGACACCAACCAAAUCUGAUCUUUCACUUAUAAUCACAACAGACAACAUACAAACAAGUGUU